GACGUGUGUGGAACGCAAUGCGCGGCUUUUGUCUGAUCAAAUUUCGUUUACCUUUUGUGUGUACGCGGCGAGUCCAAUCAGACUGAAUCACACACACACGAACAAGUACCGUUGCCUACAAAUGUGUGGCGUAUGUCCGUUUAUUUUUUUCUUUUUGUGUGUGUAAAAUAAAUUUUUGUAUUGAGUUGCUUGCAAAUUAAUAACGACUGAAAAAAGGAACUCGGAAGCAGCAGCAUUAAAGGUCAAAACCACCUCUGCCGCGGCAAUCGCGUGCUGCAUUCUCUGUCAACAGCAGCAGAUGUGGCUCAGUGCUGUGAUACAACAACAAAAAUGUCCUCGUGUUUUGGCAACACUGCCAGGCAAGCAGCGAUGCCGGCUUCCACAUUGCUACCUGCACAACACUUGGCGGGACUUGCUGUUACUGGUGCUUCUUCUUCUGCUACAGCUGCUUCGUAGUUUUCAUCGUCCCAGUCUCUUCAUCGUCGUCGUCGUGUUGAGUCGAUAUCUUGUCAGCAGCAGAGGCACUCAUUGAAAAGUGUUGGCCAAGCAACAUUAGCAGUAGCAGUGGCAAAGUGGCGUUAAAUGCUAUUAGUAAUAUUCAAAGAACAACGAAAGACAAACAUAUAUUUUAAAAGUGUACAUCAAAAUAAAAUUUUGGUAUAAAAAUAAAAAAACGAUAGAAAGGCAAAAAAAUUUUUGUCUCCUGCCGCGUGUGUGAGUGACAGAGCGAGAGAGACAGUUUUUGACAGUCGGACAAGAAGAGCAACAGCUUCUCUUAAAACAGCGUUUGGCUGUGCACAAAACGAAAUAAAGACAACAAGCCGCCUCUGCGUGCACAACGGGAGGAGGAGGAGGAGGGAAAGGAGGAGGUCAACAACCAUCAGCAACUGAGGGCAGCGAGGCAGCUGCUCCCAUAGGAUCUCAAAAUGCGACGCAUACGCAACGAUGAGGUGAUACCGACCCGUUAUCGGGGUGGCGAUGUUGUAUGGGUCAAAUUAAAUGCAUUGGAGCUUUGGUGGCCGGGCAGGGUUGCCACCGCCGAGGAUAAUUGCUAUAUUACCACGAAAAGCACACCGUUUGCCGUCGUCGUCUUUUUCAGUGAGGAAACCUUUGAAUUUGUGAGUUCAGCAAAGAUGAUUUAUCCCUUUCACUGUCCUCGCAAAUUGGAUUUCAUCGAGUUGGCCAAAAAAAAGAAAAACCUGCAAAAACAGAAGCUGGCGCUGUUUUUCGAGGAUCUCAAAUCGGCCGAAACGCUCAGUGUGAAGAUAAUGGCAUCUGACGAAGCCGCCGCCGCCGCCUCCGAAAGGCCACCUGAAACCUUGAUACAGGCCCAACUCUCGAAUAGCGUGCACAUCAACGAUGACAACAACAGCAACAGCGGAGCCAGCAGCGAGAAGAGGACAAAUGAUAGUGUCAAGGAUUCGCCGAUACGCAUCAUGCCACUCACGCCCACUGUCCCGAUUGACGUAAAGGAGCCGCAGCCUCGUGUCGGAGAGAUAAAACCGACGACAUUUUACUCGUGCCAUUCCUGUGAGUUUCGUGCGCUGAGCAUUAGUGUGCUGGUACACCAUCAGUACACGCAUUUCCAGGUGGUUGGCGAGGUGCAUCGCAAUAUGGAGAUUAGUGCGUCAUAUCAUGAGCUGCGUCGCGCGUCCCAAGGCAAUUUGUCGCGUGCAACCGAUGGGAAAUCGGCCCGGACAUCGGCACGGACAUUGACCUCCAAAAGGGACAAUAAUGAAGCGGUAUCUAAUGUGUAUCGCUCCAUUGUGAUGGAUCCGACGCUGACCGAUGAAGCGCAUCGCAUACUCGAUACGGCUGCGAGGAAGUCCUAUGUGACCGUUGAUCACGCUGUGAAUCCCAAUAAACCAGAACUUCCGCUGGCCGAAAUGGAUAUGAAUGAGACAUCCUCGCGUCCCCCCAAAAUUCGAAAGCGAUGCCAUACGACUAUACCGGAGCCGCCGGAACUGGAUGCUGGAACGCCACUGGCCAAAAGGCCAGUUCUGUCCAAGCGUGGCAAUUCUCCAUCCAAGGAUAAACUGAGAACGAUGUCAACGGAAAAAAAGUCGCCGAAACGACCACGUCAAAGAGCAACGCUGCAGACGCUGGAGGCGACGGCGCUGGGACCGCAAUUUGAGCUAGAGACAGAGCAGGAAUCUGAUCUUGAAACAGAUGUGGAAACUGGGAUGGAGCAGGCGGCAGACAAAGCUGUUCCUGUUGCUGAUACUGAUACUGAUGCUGAAACUGAAACUGGAGCAGCAGGGGCAGUGGCAGUAGCAUCUACAGCAGCUGAGUUCUGCAGCUUCAGGCAGAAUAGCAUGCUGGCCGAGGGGAUUGCGGAAGUGCAGGAGGUGCUGGAAAAACAGCGACGUGGCAAGCGCACCGUCAACCGGCAGCUGGAAUUUAAGCGUCGCGCCAAAAACGGCAGCUCCUGGCAGGAUGGUUGGGCGUCCGAUAAUACAGUGCCAACGAAGAAGAGCCACCGACGCAGCUUGUUACCUACCAUAUUAAGCGACAGACGUUGCACCAUGUCCAACCUGGUCAGCACACAUGAGGCGGCGAACAGCAGAGCUGCUCACGUCCAGUCCAAGCUUGACCAUGCCUUAACGCCAAAUAAGCCGACGACGCCGAAUCAGCUUGGCAGUGGCGCUGCCGCAAAAGAAAAGUCGGCGUUACCCAAAUCGGAACUAGAGAGUACAGAUGCUUCCCUUACGCUGCAGCAGAGCCUGUUGUCCGAAUGGGGUGAGGAUGAGCAGGAGGAUCAGCUGCUUGUGCACAGCAAUGGAGAGCAGCAGCCGCAGCAACAAGUGAAGAAGAUUCUGAUCGAAUCAAAGGCCGACAACAAGAAGCAGCCUGAUCAGGAGAAGCAGCUGCAGCAGCAGCAACAGCAAGAGGAGGAGGAGGAGGAGGAGGAUGAUGGGACUGAGGUUGAGGAGACAGCUAGUGGUGGCAGCUCUGCCGCCAUAAGCAGUGAUACAUCCUCGUCAGCGGCGACGACACUCACAGUUGUCGCAUCGACCUCAUCCUCAACCUCGUCCUCGAUUAAGAAGCGUGUACGCAACAUACCAAAGAAGGAUCGGCGCGAUGUGGUGCUGCAGGAGUUCGUCGAUGUGAGCGGCGAUGGGAGCGGUGGCGAUGCCGCCAGCAAUGAACGGAGCGUUGAUCUCAUUGUCAUCGAUAGCGAUACGAAUUCGACGGCAAGUGUUGUCUUUGUCGAAACGGGCGCCGCAAUCACAGCAACAGCAUCGAAUCCAACGCCAGCUGUAACUACUACGACAGACGUUGCCAAGCCAGUGCCAACAGUCGUCUCUGCCACUGCUGGUCGAAAUAAGAAGAAUUCCUCUUGCUUUGAUUUCGCCGAAGAGGAGGAAGAGGAGGUGAAGGCUGCACUACAGCCACCUGCAGUGCCAGCCGAUGGACAAAAUGGUUGCCCAAGCUACAGGCGGCUACUCAGCAAACCGCCGCAGGCAGCUGUCCCAGCUCACCUCAGCAACGGCACCAACAUGGCAAACGAAAGUGAAGGAGAAAGGGAAGGGGGGGAACGUAACCUAAUCCCCAUUGUGACUGAUUUGGGCCUGGAUCUAAACGUAAGUCUCGGUGACAGUUUCAAGGUCUUCUGCGAAGAGUUUGUCGCAGAGCUAGAAAUGGCAACGACAGCAAUUGUGCCGCCAGAUGUGACGCCGCCAGAUGUGGUCGAGUUGCAAGCGGAACAGAAGAAGCUCAGUUUGCCCAUUAAGGAGCGACAGAAGCGCAUCUUCAAGUCGCGCAAUAUAUCACAGCAGCAGACGGCCGUCCAGCCUGACGAUGUGGUUCAGGAGGCGGAACACCUCGAACCUGAACCUGAACCUGAACCUGAGCCCGAACCUGAACCGGAAUCAGAGCCGGAGCCGGAGCAUUUGCAGCGAAAGCAGCCGGAGCAGCUAGAAGCAGCAACAGUUGCUGCAAUUGCUGUUGCUGCCAUAGCAGAAGAUGCACCUAUGCCAGCCGCAGCAAUUCCAACAACAGCAGCAGCCACAAAAGUGCCAGACUCGCCACAGACUCAACUCAUGCAGAGGACGACAUCCAACAGCAGCAGCAACAACAACAAUAACAACAACAACAACAAAAAUAAAAAUAAGACUGAACGGCGUCGCCGGAAUCAACUUAAAAUGGAAAAUACAAAAACCAAGUCGAUAACCAAAAUCAAAACUAAGUCAAAAAUAAAACCGCUACCGCAACCAAUAAGAACAUCGUCGUCCUUCUCAUCCGAUGGCGAGGAGGAGGAGGAGGAGGAGGCGGAGGCGGAGGCAACGGCGACGGCUGUGGAGAAGGAGCUGAAGGUGAAUGACACAACGUUGCUGUUGGAGACGGCGAACGAUCGCAGCAACAUGUCGCCUGCGCUGAGCAGCAACCACAGCAACAUUAGCAAGACUUAUCGCAGCAACAAGCAUAACAUUAGCAACAACAAUAGCAGCAGCAACAACAACAACAACAAUAAUAACAACAACAAUAACAACAACAACAUCAGCAGCAUUGCUAACGACAAUGAGAACAGCAGCAACAAGAGCAGCAGCUAUCGCAGCAACAGCAACUCAUUUGUUUCGAAUAUUGCCGUUGUUGCCGCUGAAGAGGAACGGGAACUGCAGCGAUCCGCUCAAGCAUUGGCCGACAAUUCAAAUGCGAGUGGCGUCACCAUAUUGGAGAACAUAUUGCUGCCCACACUCUACAAGCCAUCGCCUGUGCCAGCCCCAUUUAGUUGCAAUGAAAAUAGCGAUAGUUGCGCCUCGACUGCCAGCAAUGCAAGUGACAACAGCAACAUAAACAUCAACAACAACAACAACAACGACGACAACGACAACAGAUGUAGUAGUAGUAGUACUACUACUAGUAGUGCUACUACUAGUAGUAGUACGAGUACUAGUAGUAGCAGCAGUGAUGGAGUAGGAGAAGGAUUAGAAGGAGAUGGAGGUAGUGUUAGCAGUGAUAAUAGCAAUAGUCAGUUAGUGUUGCAACAGCCACAAGCUGCUGCUGCUGCGACUACACAGGCAAAGCCAGUGCUGCCACAAGGAGAGGAGAAUGAAGAGCAGGAACAAGGGGACGAACUGGACGAUGAUGAGGAGGAGGAAGAAAAAGCGGACGAGCAAGAGGAGGAGGAUGAGGAAGACCAGUUAAAUCAGCUGGCCUGUCCAAGCUCCCCCGAUAAUGAAAUGGACAGGGGACAGCAAGAACAGCAGCUAAAAGAAACUAACGAAAAUAAUUUGAUGUCAUCGUGUGGCAAGCGCGAGUUGUCACAGCGCAGCUGGACUCGUCCCAUCGAUCCCUACUCACGCGAGGCAAACCUAACGAAGCAUGAACUGGAGGCGUUGCGCAGAUACGAAGAGGGUCUCGCUACCGGAAGCAAUGCGGAGAAAUUGCGGCUGGCACGGGAGCGUUUUACGCGCAUAUGCAACAUGAACCAACCUCCCGCACAGUCGUCGGAGUCGAGGGAGCAAGAGGAGAAGGAAGAGCAGGAGCAGCAGAGGGAGCAGCAGAAGGAACAAGAAAUGGAGACCGCUCUGCUCCUCGAAAUUCAAAUGGAACAGAUGCUGGAGCAUGAGCGGGAAACGGAACGUGCUGCUAGCGAGCAGCCGUCUAACUUAAUGCUGCCAGCUGAGCAUCGCGCCAGCAACUCCAACAGAUCCUGUGAAGCGUUGACCACGCACCAGCUCUGCUCGCUGGGCAACAAUAACAAUUUUACACCGAUCUACAAUGAUACACUGUAUCUGGAUAGCGAGAAUCAUUUGGUGCCCGUGCCGCUGAGAGCGAUGCUAUUGCCCGAUCAGCAGGAGGAACACGAGCAGGAGGAGGAGCACGAGCACGAGCAGGAGCUCGAUCAGGAGAUGGAAGCGACUGGGAGCAUGCCGCCGUUGAGCCAGCAAGUGACUGAUAAUGUUAUUGUCGGUGAUUUCAAUGGGAAUCUCGAUGACAUUGACAUGGUUGAGGAUGGCGUUGUGGUUGCUAGUGACGAUGAUGAUGAUGACGAUGAUGAUGAUGAUGGUGAAGCGGCCGAUGGCUUAGCGCCAAACGAUAUGUAUCAGUUGCAGCUGGAAGUGCUGCAGCUGAACGUCAAUGGGCAGCAACUGCAGUUGACCACCGAUAACCUGAUGAACAUUAUGCAACAGCGGGACGACGUUGUCUUCGAGAACGACGACGGCGGCCGGAUAAUACUGCAGGCCAGCGAUAUCAUCCAAGCGGCCAAAGUCUAUCUACAGGAGCGCGACCUGCAGCUGGUCAAUGUGAAUGAUGCGAUGAGCGUCGAUUAUGUUGCCGAUGAUGAUGAUGAUGCCGUUGGCGGCGUUGCUGAUGAUAAUGGUGACGUUCCUGGUGAUGAUGCCGUUGCUGUCGUUGCUGCGCCCGCCAAUGAUCUCCUGGCUGCUGCUUUGGCCGGCACUGAUGUCAUCGAUGUGCCCCACCAUCAUCGUCAGCAUCAUCUGCAGCAGCAGCAGCAGCAUCAUCAUCAUCACCACCAUCACCACCACCAUCAUCAUCAGCAGCAGCAGCACCAGCAGCUGACAUCACCGAUGGCAACAUGCACAAGCGAAACGAAUUCGCAGCUGGAUCAGUCGCCCAUCAUGUCGACGCUGGAGCAUCCCACUGGUGGGCUGCACAUGUGACGCAUCAUUGCGCCGCUGCACGAUGGCAAUCUGGAGCAUAGCCUUGCUGUCAUUGGUGUCACCAGUGGCAGUGGCAGUCGUGUGCCCACAUCCAUGGAGCUGCCCAUAACAAUUACCAAUCCGGCUAUUGCCUCCCGUCCAUCCGUUGUCAAUGAUGUCAUCAAAUUUGUACAGUAUCAGUAGCUGCUGCGUGAACUGGACCUGGAGGAGGAGGCGGCGGCGUCGUCAGCGUCAGCGGAGGACUUGC